AUGGGAGAUGAUAGUUAUAAACAAAGAAAAGCAUCCGCGAAAAAUGAAAUGAUCGCCAGAAUCAGAAAUUCCCCUGUACUUUGCGUUGACCUUUGUAUGUACGAGGAAGAUAUCGAUGAUAGAACUGAAUUAUAUGGGCUAAAUGCCUUGGAAUUUUCCAAAAUGAGAUGCAAACUCUUCUUAAAUAUGCCCGUACCAUUGUCUCAUAAAAAAUUGACUUUUAGUGGCGCAACCUCGAAGCCUGGGGUGAGUUCAGCCAUUUAUUUACAGUUAUUACGAACAUUUUGA